AUGACCGACAAAGAUGCUGCAGUGAUGCACCUUGAGCAUCAACUAGGCCAGGGAAUCUCUGCCGACGAUGCCGAGUUUUUGUCAAACUUUUCCGAUGAAGCGAAAAAGAAAGUCAUUAGCAAGGUUGACAUGAGGCUUGUUCCUAUGCUUGCUCUCCUGUACUUGGUGGCAUACAUCGAUAAGACAAACAUUGGAAAUGCCAAGAUCGAGGGCCUUCUUCCAAGUCUACACAUGGACGGUGUACAAUACAACAUUGCCUUGUCCAUAUUUUUCAUACCUUAUGUCCUUGCUGAGGUGCCGAGCAAUGUAAUCUUGAACCGGCUCAAGAGACCAUCGCAAUAUCUGGGAUUCCUGAUCUUCUGCUGGGGUGUGAUUAUGCUUUGUACGGGAUUUGUUCAGAACUUCGCCGGUCUAGUGGUGAUCCGCUUCCUUCUGGGACUUUUCGAAGCUGGCUUUCUUCCAGGUGCCGUGCUUGUGAUUUCGAAAUGGUAUCUCCCAAAUGAGACACAGACUCGCAUCGCUAUUCUGUACACAUCUGCCGCUUCUGGUGGUGCUUUCUCGGGUCUGCUGGCGUUUGGGCUCGCUAAAAUGGAUGGCAUGGCAGGCUACGAAGGCUGGCGCUGGAUCUUUAUCAUAGAGGGUCUUGCAACCGUUGCUAUGGCCCUCGCUUGUUAUUUCCUCCUUCUGGACUCGCCAUCCUUAUCUCCAGGCUGGCUUACUCCAGACGAGAUCCGAUAUCUCGAAGUGCGUCAACUAGCCUCCAAUAACCACAGUGGCCACCACAAAGGCUUCGACAAGCGGAUAAUCUUCAGCGUCCUUUUCGACUGGAAGAUGUAUCUUCUCAUACUUGCCACCUGGUCCAAUGCUGUUCCCAACUACGCACUCAAGUUCAGCAUGCCCGAGAUCAUCAAAUCCAUGGGCUACGAAUCAGCCAACGCCCAGCUCUUGACCAUUCCUCCAUAUGCCGUUGGCGCUUUGUCAGCGUACGGCUUUUCCGUGUUCGCCGAUCGCUUCUCAUGGAGGAUGCCCUUCAUCGUGGUACCGCAAUGCUCACUUAUAGUCGCCUUCGGAAUAUUAUUUUCCAAGGCCGCCGACAUCGAGAAUAACAUAGCACUGUGCUACUUCGGCAUUUGUCUCGCUUGCUUCGGAAUGUAUCCCAUUCUCCCCGGUGUCAACGCUUGGAAUGUCUGCAACAUUCCGAAUCCUCACAAGCGCGCCGUGGCCAUUGGUUAUCUAAUUUGCGUGGGUAAUGUGGGUGGGAUCAUUGGGAGCUACAUUUACAGAGCUGAAGAGAAGCCACGAUAUCCCACUGGUUAUGGCACUUCUCUUGCGUUCGCUGCUGCUGGAAUUACGGCUUGUUUAUCCUUGGAAUUCUGUCUCUGGAGUGCAAACAAGAAGAAGGCUCUGAUGACUGUGUCUGAAAUUGAGGAGAAGUAUACUGAAGAUCAGCUUCGUGAGAUGGAGGAGAGGAGCCCUAUAUUCAAGUAUAGCUUGUGA